AUGGGUAAUAACAACGACAAAGGGUAUAACGAAGAAGUAGACAGAAACGACUACAAUUACGAAGCUCAAAGGGUUCCUGCUUAUGACUCACCGAUAAUCAACAACGUUUCCGUAAAAUAUGACGCAAAUAGUACCUAUCAAAAUCAUAUACCUUAUGCCUUUUACGGCGAGAACCCGUAUCACAUUAAAGAAUCUCCGUUCCAAAUUAAAGAAGAGGCUACGUUCAGCAACUGCCGGUAUAACAUGAAUCAAAAUUAUUCGAGUCCUGAUACAGGCCAGGAUACUUCUGUUAGUCCACCACCUGGUACUAUGACAAAUUAUAGUACGGUUAAUCAGAGUCAUUUUGAGAACCUCCGACAAUAUGCUGUAAAAUCUAGUGUAAAUGAAAAGCAAAUAAAUUCGACACAAUGUGGUGAAAAAUCAUCUGUAGAAACAAAGAAAAUGAUUGAAAUGGAUGACUCGCCAGCAUUAAGGGCAUUAUUAAGUAAACCAUCCGACAAGAAAAUUGCCUAUAGUUACCGAGAUCUUACCAUGGCGCACAACACGUUUAAUAAGAACCAUUUUGAUAAUUUCAGUAAUACGAAAGAUGAUUGUGAAUUUGAUAAAGACGAUAAAGAGAUUAGUGAUGUGUAUAAUGAGAAAGAUAGUAUAAAUGACGAUAAAAUUGCUGUUCAGAAUUUAACGGAAUUUCAAGCAAGUUUUUAUCCUUGGAUGAAGAGUUCUAAUAAUGAUUUGACGAGUAAAGGAAGUAAAAGAACCCGUCAAACUUAUACUCGAUAUCAAACCUUGGAGUUAGAAAAAGAAUUUCAUUUUAAUAAAUACCUGACGAGACGUCGACGUAUCGAGAUAGCCCAUAGUUUGUGCUUGACGGAACGUCAGAUAAAAAUUUGGUUCCAGAAUCGAAGGAUGAAAGCAAAGAAAGAUGGAAAAUAUUCAGCUACUCAACAAGAAUUUCCAUCUUUGGAAGACAUUAACAUGAAUCAAAAUAUAUUUCCUUCAACUUCUGAUGUCAAUACCAGUUUUUUUUCGAGCUGUGCUCAAGAAAACCCGGAAUUAUCUUCGGAGAGUUUGAUGGGAGAUAACAACAGAAACCCGUAUAGAAGUGAUGUCGCUAGACCUCUAACUGCCAUUAAAAAUAUUCCUGGUCCUCCUUCGUCGCCUUAA